CCCAUAUUAAUAUCAUCUUGUAUCGAGGAACUCGAGAAACGAGGUAUCUGUUACCUGGGCUUGUACAGAGUAUCUGGAGUGUAUGCAGCUAUCAACAAGCUGAAGAUAAUGUUUGAUGAAGUGGGUCAGCUGGCCACAUCAUCGGUUCACAUAAUCACGGGCGUCAUCAAACUCUUCUUCAGAGAGCUCCCAGAUUCACUCAUCCCGAUUUCAAGAUAUCAUACAUUCAUUAACAGUCGGUCUUACAUGGAACCUGAUGAGCAAUCAGAACAUCUAAUCAGAGAAGUUGGCAGACUGCCAAUCUGUAACUUGAAGACCUUAACAUUCCUCCUUAACCACCUGAACAGGGUGGCCAACCAGAAAGAGUGUAACAGCAUGACGUUAGGAAACCUGGCAACGAUAUUUGGGCCCAACCUAUUUCGUCAGCCA